AUGGUGUUCAGAGCUGCCUGCAUCAAGCUGUGUGAGUAUGGUCUUACAUCCACAAUAAAACUAAGCAAUAUGAAGGUUAAAGUGAUAACUGUCAAGAUCCUGCUGGGUGCACAUGAUGAUAACGUUGACGACAGUGGAGAGUUCAUAUGUGAGACUGGAGGAGGGGAGAAAAGCAACAUUAUCAACAUCACUGUUACUGCUGGUUCUGUGAUCCUGGAGAGUCCUGCUGUUCCUGUGAUGGAGGGAGAAGCUGCGACUCUGAGCUGCAGAAACAAGACAACUUCCUCCAACUUCACAGCUGAGUUCUACAAAGAUGGAAUCCCCAUCAGGAACAGCUCCACGGGAAACAUGACCAUCGGCAGAGUUUCAAAGUCUGAUGAAGGACUUUACAAAUGCAGCAUUUCAGGUGCUGGAGAGUCACCAGUGAGCUGGCUGAAUGUCACAGGUCAGAACACAGCACUGCUCUAUCUGUCAACUAAGGUGCGUACUUCAGAUUCAACAGAGCGUCAAGCAGAGGCCAGUGCACCUACUGCAAGCAAAGCAACAUACGCUACUGUAAAUAAAAACAGGAAAAAAACAGAUGAAGAUGGAUUGUCUUCUGGACCCUGUUACUACCUCGUAGAACAGGAGUACGCUGAAGUAGAUGAAGUAAGCCAUGGUUAUGGAUACACCAGUGAGAUUGUACUUUGCAUCAAGAGAAAUCUGAGAAACUGCAGCAAAUCCAGUCCACCACCCAUGAUCCUGCUGCUCAUCAGAAGGACCAGAAGCAAAUAG